ACCCUCAAAGAUUCAUAUCAAAAGCUUCUUCUCUUUCACAGCUCUAAGGAGAAAACCACCUUUGCCAAACAUGGAGACUAGUGUCACGUGCUACGCUCGUGGGAUUGUUCUUCCUGGUGUCUCUUCUAAGCACUCCUCGGCAUUAGUCUCCCCUCCAUCCAUAUCUCCUUCCUUCAGCUCUAAGAGCCUUAAAACAAGUUCACUAUUUGGAGAAUCAUUAAGGGUUGUUCCAAGGUCAUCAUUGAAGGUUUCAAAGGCAAAGAACACUACUUCACUAGUGACAAAAUGUGAAAUUGGAGAGUCUUUGGAAGAGUUUCUUACAAAGGCAACAACAGAUAAGGCAUUGAUUAGAUUAAUGAUGUGUAUGGGUGAAGCAUUAAGAACGAUUGCUUUUAAAGUUAGAACAGCAUCAUGUGGUGGUACUGCUUGUGUUAAUUCCUUUGGUGAUGAGCAACUCGCUGUUGAUCUACUUGCCAACAAGCUUCUUUUUGAGGCUUUGACAUACUCGCACUUUUGCAAAUACGCGUGCUCCGAAGAAAUUCCAGAGCUUCAAGACAUGGGAGGACCUGCUGAAGGUGGAUUCAGUGUUGCUUUCGAUCCGCUCGAUGGUUCCAGCAUUGUCGAUACAAAUUUCACCGUAGGUACCAUCUUUGGUGUUUGGCCUGGUGAUAAGUUAACCGGUGUAACGGGACGAGACCAAGUGGCUGCCGCGAUGGGAAUUUUCGGUCCUCGAACAACAUAUGUUCUCGCACUUAAGGACAUCCCUGGCACCCAUGAAUUCCUCCUCCUUGAUGAAGGAAAAUGGCAACAUGUGAAGGACACUUAUGAGAUUGGUGAAGGAAAAAUGUUCUCCCCUGGAAAUUUGAGAGCUACAUUUGAUAACCCCGAAUAUGACAAGUUGAUCAACUAUUAUGUAAGAGAGAAAUACACAUUGAGGUACACUGGUGGAAUGGUACCUGAUGUCAACCAGAUCAUUGUUAAAGAGAAAGGAAUAUUUACAAAUGUGGCCUCGCCAUCUGCCAAGGCCAAGCUGAGAUUGUUAUUUGAGGUAGCACCAUUGGGGUUCUUGAUUGAGAAAGCUGGUGGUUAUAGCAGCGAUGGGCAAAAAUCGGUGCUCGACAAAGUGAUCGAGAACCUCGACGAUAGGACUCAAGUCGCGUACGGUUCGAAGAACGAGAUUAUACGGUUCGAAGAAAUGUUAUACGGAUCGUCGAGGCUUAAUGCAGGGGUCCCUGUUGGAGCUACUGCUUAAGCAACAAUGUUUUUACUUUUGUUUGCCUUUUCAAGACAUUUUGUUUUCGUUGUACCUUAAUGAUCUCAAACAAAACUUUAAGUACCUUUCAUAUAAAUUUUGUGAAAUAGUAUAUUAAAUGAAAUGAAAUGUUUUGAAUUAGGCUAA